AUGUCGCUCGCUCCUCAAUACGCCGCGCGACGAUGCGCUCAAUGCCUCCGCUCCUCACAGGUCAACACGCUCCGAUUCGCAGCAGCCACAGCACCAGCACGGAGGAGACAGCAAGAAUCGAGGAGAUGGCAGUCAACCGAGGCGGCAGCACCGAGCAACACGAAUCCCAAGAUCUCGGGCAUUGUAGAUCAGAUCAGUCAAUUGACCCUUCUUGAGACUGCGGAUCUUGUAUCAUCGUUGAAGUCCCGCCUCAACAUCCCCGACAUGCCAAUCGGUGGUUUCGCCGCCGCAGGCCCAGCGCAAGCAGCUGCACCGGCUGCAGUAGAAGAGCCCGAAGAAGCCGCCCCCAAGCAAGAAGAGAAGACGCUCUUCAACCUCAAACUCGAAUCCUUCGACGCCGCGGCGAAGCCCAAGGUCAUCAAGGAGGUCAAGAGCAUGUUGGGACUGAGCUUGGUGGAUAGCAAGAAGUUUGUGGAGGCGGCGCCGAAGUUGAUGAAGGAGGGUGUGCCGAAGGAGGAGGCGGAGAAGAUCAUUGAGACCCUGAAGGGGUUGGGUGCGGUUGUUAAGAUGGAGUAA